AUGCUGUUGCGGUCGGUGCAGAGUAUCGACGUCGCCGCUGCCGGUAAUAGUCAUGAUCACGGUGGCGCUCGUCCUCUUGGCGCUUUCCUCCGCCGUGAAAUUCGAGGUAGCCGUCUCUACAGGGGAAGAUAUGCUGAGCUGGCUCCUCCUAGCCACGGUUCCAUUGGCUCUGCUAUUCGCCGUGCGAUGUCUCUCUUGCCUUGA